AUGGUAUCAUCGCGUAAUGUGUUAAUCUGUGUACGUUCAAUCUACACAUCAUGUCGCACGAAUAAAAGAGGACCGUUAACAAUCGAUGGCUGGUAUCCACGUGAUCACAUGCCGGACGAUUAUCCAAAAAAUGAGGAAGAACGACGAGCAGCGGCGAUAAAAUAUGGGAUGAGACCGGAAGAUUACAAGCCGUAUGACAAGGACGAUUAUUAUAAAUAUGCAGGAAAUUAUCCUGAUUAUGGAUGUGUCACUUAUGAUCAUAAAGAUCCGCAUGAAAACUGGAGCGAUCCACACUAUCGAAGGAAUUGGGGUGAAGGAAUGAAUAUCCGAGCAAUGAUGCAUACAUGUGAUCGUGAUUCCUAUACCAGUAUAGACGAUGAGGAAACUUCAUUUUAA